AUGACACUAUCUAGUGAUGGGGAGACAGCCCCCCCUACAACUGAAAAUGUUGCAACAGUCAACGAGUCCCAACCCUCGAGGGCGAAAUCCCGUCGGACCAGAAGUUCCGAACAGAUCCCUGUUGUUGAAAACUGUGACUACUCAUCUGAAAGUUCUUCUGAACAUAUAAUCCCGGAGGAUCGCUACAGGAGUCCGCGAGUUGGUUUCUAUGACAACACGGACUACAAGGCGAGAGACAAGAACGCAAUCGGGGAACCAGAGCCCGGUAUUGAGCGCAUCGUCGUGACCACUCCGCUCCCUCUGCCAGAAAGAAGUGCUGACACUAAGAAAUCCAUUGUUGUGUACUAUGACGUCCGUGAAGGUCUAGGGGAAGGAUCAGCUGAUCACUCUACCAGAGGUAGACACGGACCACCAAACACCAACUGGCGCCCGUGGCUCGUGCAAAUUAACUCGAGUUUUCUAAAUUCCUGCAUUACGAACGCAAUGGGCUAUGACAACGCGGGAUCCCCAGUUGAUCUGAGCUUCUUUCUGGAGCUUCGUAGCAACGUUGUCGAAAGGAAAUUAAAGACUAUAUCGUUUGAACAUAUCUGGUACUUGUUCCAACCCGGUAGCAUUGUCUGGUCCAAGGACCAAGGCCACGAGCAGCUCUAUGCUGUGUAUGAGAUGACGGUUGAGCGAUAUCGUCAAAGAGCCACUCGAAAGCUACCAUCUAAGUCAAGAGCUUACAAGAUUUCCGACAAUGGUGAUUCCAGCAAUCAGCCUCGCAACCUUGACUACUCUUACUCUGGACAGUUCGAUGACAAUCGAGAUAAUUUUCAUUCUGGAACGGGAGACCUGGGAGAAGACGCCGAAUACCCGCCAUUGAUUCUUAAAUGCUACUACACAGUCUAUGACGGCUCCCUCAUCGGUCCCUCGUGUAGGGAUCUCUAUAUAACGUACUUCUCUGGGGAAAAGGCGGUAAUUGACUUGCCAGUGUAUCCCGUUAGUCUCCACCCAAAUGGAACUGCCAUUCUCCAUCGAUUUCAAGAAAGGGGACGUAAACUCGUCUCUUGGGAAGGUCAUCUGCACUAUGAGGGACCAACCCUUCCACCUCCCUAUGGACAGACUUCGGACUUUCCUUUCUGGAGUCAAGAAUUAGACCAAGAAGUCUAUGCAGAUCCUAAAACUGGCUACCGGUUCAUGGAACUCCGGGACAGACCAGCCAUGUCCAAACCGGCAUCAGGGCCUUCCAACACUAUCUACAUUCGAACAGAAAGGGACUUAUCCAAAAUCCAUACCCGUGCUGAAGUCAUCCAUCAAUUUCGCGACGACUCUAUAGACUGGAAACGGUCAGUUAAAUUUCUAAGAUCACAGCCCAUUGGCACUCGCAUUGUGUCGAAGGAGAAGGCUCUGGAAGUAAAAGGGUAUUUGCAGCUGCUGCCAUACCAGGCACUGUGCUUCAUCUUUAGGAAGCGAGGCUGGUGUCACCUGGACGUUGAUUUGUUGCGACAAAUCGACAAAAGUGAAGCCGCCACCAAGAGCGGAUUCGAUGAGCUUGUCAUUCCUGAUACCUAUCGCGAUCUUCUCAUCUCCGUCAUCGCGAGCUACAAGCCGGAUCUCAAAUCACGCGGAGAAGCAGGGCGUCCUAGAAUUUCCUCGCAGAUGGAUAUUGUCCGGGGCAAAGGCCGAGGGCUCAUCAUACUCCUACAUGGACCACCCGGGGUUGGUAAGACGAGUACCGCAGAGACAAUCGCAGCCUAUACCAAACGCCCUUUGUACGUUUUGACAUCCGGUGAUAUUGGACUAACAUCAGGUGAUAUCGAGGCGAAUCUGUCAUACCACUUCAACCUAGCAAGCAAAUGGGGUUGCAUAAUGCUCAUCGAUGAGGCAGAUGUCUUUCUAAUGAAACGAGAUUGGUACGACAUUGAGCGGAAUGCCUUGGUCUCAGUGGAAAAUAACCAGUGUAAAGUCUUCUUGAGAGUUCUGGAAUACUACUCUGGCAUUCUAUUUCUCACUACCAAUAGAGCCGGAGUAAUCGACGAAGCAUUCAAAUCUCGGAUGCACCUCUACCUGCGGUACCCCUCGAUCGACCUCACCUCCACGAAACUCAUAUGGGGCAAGCUUUUGGACCGCAUAGCCCGCGAAAACAAGGAGAAUAAGAUCAGAAUUGAAUUCGACCGCUCGGCUCUUCUAAAGUAUGCAUCUGAGCAUUUCGAGAGCCACAAGGAAAAAAGGACAACCUGGAACGCACGGCAAAUCCGCAACGCCUUCCAGACAGCCAUAGCGUUGUCCCAGUAUGAUCGAGUGCGCAUGCUCGAAGAUAACGGGUUGACAGAGGAGGAGGCAGAGGAGAGGGGGGGUCGGUUCAUGAGGGUGGAACUCAAGAGCGAGUAUUUCGAGAAGAUUGCGGAGAGUGCUAGGGACUUUUACUCGUUUAUGGCUGGCUUGAAGGGCGGCACGGAUGACCAGAUGGCUUUUGAAGAGGGCCUCCGUGAUGACUCGUUCGAUCCAACUGAACGAAUGGCUAAGAAGCAGUAUCAUGGCUUGCUCAGUAAAAGAGGAAAGCCACCCCCCGGAUCAUAG